GUUGUGAUAAACUUAUUAAAUAGAGCAAAUGACUCUAAACGAUGAGCUGGAUGACCACCAAUUCAGUGACCCUGAAGAUUUUGAAGACGAUAUAGAUGAUGAUGAAUUACUGCAAGAUUUUUACUCCAGAAAGCCCUCAGAGAAAGACCUCUACGAUAAUGUGAUAAUUGUGGACAAUGUGCCGAAAGUGACGCCAGAAAAACUUGAGAAGCUAGAGAAGGUUUUAUCAAAAACUUUCAAAACCUAUGGGGAGGUGAUGGACAUAUACUUUCCCCAGGAUGAGAGUAAUUCAACCAAAGGGUUUGCCUUUGUUGAGUACAAUACACCCGAUCAAGCUGCAGCAGCUUUGAAAGGAUUACAAAACUUCAAGUUGGAUUCGAAGCAUAUUUUUUCAACUGUGAAGCUAACCGAUAUCGAUGAGUUCUGUUCAAAUGAAGAAGAAAUAGUUGUUCCAGAGAAGCAGGAGUUCAAAGACCCCGGAGAUUUAUAUGGAUGGGUUCUUGACGAGCAAGCACGUGACCACUAUGCCGUGAUAUACAACUUCGACGAGCACAGACAGACGAACCAAGUGGCUGUUAUCCAGAAUAACUACUCGCAGCCCAUUACCCUGCAGGAGAAAAUGAAUUGGACAGAAGCUACAGUUCUAUGGUCACCCAGAGGAGCAUACUUGGCGUCCAUGCACAACAAGGGUGCAGCUCUUUGGGGAAAUUCGAAUUUCGAGAAGAUCAUGCGCUUCAAGCACGAUGGCAUCGAUUUCAUCUCGUUCUCACCGUGCGAGACCUACCUGAUAACUUUGAAGAACCCGAUGUAUGACAGACCAGGGGAGUGCAUAAUAUGGGAGAUUUUGAGUGGGGCGGAGAAAAGGAGGUUUCAAGUGACUCAAAUGGACUCUUUGCCCUUCUUCAAGUGGUCGCAUGACGAGAAGUACGUGGCCAAGAAGGGAGAUGGAAUAUUGCAAGUUUAUGAAACACCGACUUUCGGUCUUUUGGAUAAGCAAAGUUUCAAAAUACCAGGAAUACAAAGCUUCGAGUGGUCACCGAGUGGCAAUUACUUCAUCUGCUGGAUACGAACAGUGAAGAAGGAAGAUUCGCUCAAAGACGUGCCGGAUAAAGUAUCGGUCAUUGAAGUUCCCAGCAGACGCGACCUCUGUUCUAAGUCCAUGUUCUUUGUUAACUGCAUACAUUUUCACUGGCAUCCGAUGGGGGAUUACUGUUGCGUGCAGAGUGAUCUGAGAGGCAAAAAAGGAGUGAACCAUUUUUUACAUGUGUUCGCCUUUGGAGCAAAAGAAAUCCCAGUUGACUUGCAAGAAAUUAAAGAACCGAUUCAACAAUUUGCAUGGGAACCCACAGACACAGCACGGUUUAUCGCCCUGGUCGGAGAAAAUCCGAGAACAACCGCUUGCGUGUUCAGUGUACAAAAAGGAGAUGGCAUUCGCCAGAUUGGCAGUAUCGAAACACAAGCUAAUUUUGUGGCUUUCAGUUCAAUUGGCCGAUACGCAGUCUUAGCUGUGCUUAAAAACAACAAGCAGGCAUCAAGCACAGGAACAUUGGAGUUUUUGGACAUAGACCAAGAUCCGGUCGCAAUUACAAAUAAGGCAGAGCACUAUGGUAUGUAUGGUCUUGAGUGGGAUCCAUCUGGAAGAUACUGUGCAACAUACAACAGGUGUCUCUUCACUAAGCACGACAAUCAUGUGGAGAUUUUCACUUUCCAAGGACGUAGACUGCAAAACAACCGAAUGGACUCCCUGUAUCAGUUCACAUGGAGACCGAGACCGCCUAGAUAUGUGACACAGGAGCAGAAAGACGAAAUCAAGAAGAACUUCAAGAAGUACCAAAACAAGUUCGAGACACAAGACAAAAUGUCACAGUCCAAGACUUCGAAGGAACUGCUGGACAAGAGAAAAGCUUUGUCGAAGUCAUUCAGGGACAUAAUGGACAAACUCAGGGACAAACUGGAGUCAGUGAAGAAGUUGAUGGAGGCGGAAAAGACAUUCGAAGACAUAGACGGAAACGAACAGCCUGAAUUAGACGAAGAGGUCGUGCAUUACGUAGUCAGCCAGCAAGUGAUCGUGUGUGACGAUACUUCUAAUAGUACAGGUAAGCAUAGUGGACAGUCGGCCGAUUCCACCACCAACAAACUCACCAACGGAACAUCCUCAUCUGCUGCAGUCGCCGUAGCGGAUUAGUCGACUCCCUGCUUUUGAGAUUUGACCAUUGUAACUAUAAAAAACAUCUCGACAAAACACCACCAAGAACAACAAAUAUUAAUACAAGGCGAAGAAAAGAUCAAAACGACUGAGAAAAAAGACUUGCUAACUAAAUAAACUGUAUUUGGUAUAAUUAAAUAUUAUAAGCCUGCUUCUGACAUACUUUUUAAAUGAUCAUUAUGUGUUAGUUUGGGCUGUUUUUGUGUUUCUCUUUGCUUGCUAAAUUAUGGGACUAUCUUUUAGUAAAGAACAACCCCAUUUCACGAUUCUAUUGAUGAUUAUAAAGCGAACAUUUUUUCAAAGGCUCUUCAAUAACAAGAGUAGAUUGUGUUGCAACACGGAACUUUCGAAUUGCUACAUUGCAAUUAACGAUGCUUUGCUGUUUGUGCAUUUCUCUAUGCAUUUUCCAGUACCCUACAGGGACCUACCAAAGUUGUUUGGGUAAUCACACAUGCUUGCACAAUGAAUUGAAUCAAGUUUUGAAUCUUUGCUGUUCGGAGGGGCUAGUCUGAUCUAUUUUGAAAUGCUGUUUACUUGAACUAAUAAUAAUAAUAUUUGACUACUUUUCAUACUCUUUUUCAAAAUGUCGUCGCUACAAUAAGUUACAAUUAAACACUUGUAAAUUUUUACAGUGUGAGAACUAUUAUUCCAGAUAUUAUCGAGUUUGGCAUGGAAUGUUUCACUCAAAUGAAUUCAUGGAAUUGAAUAAUAAUUUUCACAUUUGACUGGAAACCUAACUUAAACGUUGAAUGCUGUUUUUGGAGUCAUAUUUUAGUCAAUCAUUGUUGGUAAAUUUUUAAGUUUAAUCUAAUUAAUUUGCCUUCGCAUUCUUGUGAGCAUUGGCAUUGAGGCUCUUUGAGUUGUUUUUCCAAUUCAUGCUGACAAGUCAGUGACUCUGCUAUGCUUAUUGACAAAUUUGGUAUCGCCUGUUUAACAUACAAUCUUGUACAAUAGCUAUUUACUGCAGCUAUUCACUGAUGUUGAAUUCGAACCAGAUUUGUUUUA